AUGCGCCAGCACCAGUGUCUGCAUUACCAGAGGCAGAUGGAGGAUGAGUGGCUACAAUUCAACAAGGCUGAGAUGACAAUCAAGCAGGCUUUGGACAUGAUGGACACAUUCGUUGACAAAUCUGAUCCUGCCACGUCGCUGCCUACUGUUCAUCACAUGAUGCAAGUUGCAGAGACGAUGCGAUGCUGUGGGGAGCCAGAUUGGAUGCAGCUUGUGGGGCUGAUUCACGACUUGGGCCAUGAUUUUGGAAGGACGAUCAGGGGGACAGGUAUAAGUCUCCUUUUGAGUCUCAUGGUUCUCGACGAAAUCAUUGUCGCAGCGGUGUCAGCAGCAGUUCCCGUUCUCCUCACCACAGUGCUCACGACGAAGUGCUGCGCGUGGCCUGAGCCCGUGAAGGCACCGAGCACCGAUCAAAAACGUGCUGCAAACAAAGCAGAGGCUGAGAAUGCGCACAGUGUGUCCGAUGGAAACGCGGACGAGGAGGUUCAGGCCAAUGCGGACGAAGAGCUUCAGGCCAAGAUGGCGCAGCUGCAGGUCGCGAGGCAGAUGGCGGAGAUGGAUGCUCAGCGCGAGCGCGAUGCGAGCCGGCUGAUCGAGCUCGGAGCCGAAACGCGUGAGCGGGCAAUCGCAUUGCUUGAGCGGUACGGCUCGUUGCGAGCGGCUGCGAACACGUUGCGAGCGGCUGCGGACGCCUCCAUUCCUUCAUCAGAGACGACGUAG